AUACUCAUCAAAUUGGCAAUUGACGUUGUGUCUUUGACGGGCGCCGGAUAUGUACUUCCGUCUUCAUUCACACGACACACGUCCACAAAAGAAUGAUGUCUGCUGGUAAAUAGAAUAUACCAAAGAUGCGGCGGUUAUUACGAAAUAGAAUGAUAUUCAUGGCUUAUUUUGUAGUUUCCUCCGGAAGUAUACUAUGGUUGGCAUCAACAUGCGGACCUGGAUGCAUGUCGGAUGAAAUUGGAGAAGAUUCUAUGUUAGAUUAUUACAAACAUGAGCUAGAAAGAACUAGAGCUAAUAUGAGGCAAACUGAAACUAAAUUAAAAACAAUCACUCAAACCUUGAACAAGCAAUAUGCAAAAGCUGCCAGUACUGUGAAUGAGAUUCUAGGAAUUGAGAGCCCUCGGGUACCGAGCAUCUUUGCUGUCACACCAACGUACACCAGACCAGUGCAGAAGGCAGAACUAGUGCGGUUGAGCCAGACCUUCCUCAAUAUUAUAAAUUUUCAUUGGAUAGUUGUGGAGGAUUCUGAGAGAAAGACCAACCUUGUGUCUAAAUUCUUGGAAAACUCUGGCCUAGUGUACACCCACCUGAAUGUAAAAACAACAGAUGAGUACAAGUUAAAGGAGAAUGAAGCUUCUUGGAGGAAACCUAGGGGAGUUGAUCAAAGGAACCUUGCAAUUGACUGGAUUCUAGAAAAUGUUCCUCAAGAUGAAGAAGGGAUAGUCUACUUCGCAGAUGAUGACAACACGUACAGCUUGCAGAUUUUUGAAGAGAUGAGAACAACUCAGAGAGUCAGUGUGUGGCCUGUGGGACUUGUUGGUGCGCUUCGCUUUGAGCGACCUAUUUUAAACGACGCAGGAAAGGUAACCUCUUGGUACACCAUGUGGGCCCCUGACAGACCAUUCGGAAUGGACAUGGCUGGAUUUGCAGUGAGUCUCAAGCUCUUCAGGCAGCAACCACAUGCUAGGUUCGACAUCACCUCAAUGAGGGGCUAUGUGGAGUCUUCUCUUCUUGUACAGCUGGGAGUCAGAAAGGAAGACUUGGAACCUCUAGCAGAAAUGUGUACAAAGGUACUGGUCUGGCACACAAGAACUGAAAAACCCAAGUGGAAACAAGAGGACAAACUGAUUGCACUCGGUAAACCAUCAGAUCCUAGAAUAGAAGUAUAAUCAUGAGGACGAAUCAUUCAAAAGAUCACUCCUCAAAGCGCAGGGAUAAGAAAAAUUAAACUAAUGAUGUGCAAUUUUUUACAGGACAUUUUGUCUUUUAUAAACCUAUCAUGUUACUAUAGACCACAUGCCUUAAAAGAGUCAAUGUUAACAGGACUCAAAUUAAAAGAAACAAACAACACAUAGAGCGAUAGUGGCAUAUGAAAGGUUCAGUAUUAAACACAGCCCCUUUUCAUCUCAUCUCUUCCAUCAAUCGAAUAACCUACAUGCAUCCUUUGCCACAUACCUCCAACAAAUAUUCCUUAUAAUGACGGUAUAGUGGAUCCAAAGUAAUGGGUGAUAAUUACAUCCUCUAUUAUUUCUGUUGUUCAUUCAGCUUCUUGGUUCCCCCUCCUAUACUGUAUACCCAGGGGGUUGGGCUUGUUUGAUCCACCUUGCAUGGGAAUAUUCACAGGUUGUGACCCUCGAUCAGUAUGGUAUAAGAAUGUUUGAUUCAUUAGGCCGGUUGUAAGAUAGUCAUGACUUUUCAAACAACUGGAAUAUGUUUGGGUGCUCAAUCAAUUCUCAAUCAUUUAGAUUCCCAAAAGCUUAAUAUGAAAUCCAAUCUCUCUACAUUAAAAUAUCCUGUCAUUAACUCAUUAGCAUGUGAAUUCAAUGUUUAUUAUUUUGUCAAAGUUUGAUUUGGGAUAUAAAUUCUAACUUUGUUGAAACAACAUAGAAUUUAUUCAUUUUAUUUUAACAGGGUAGCCCUUUCAGUUACAAGAACUGCUCGACCAAGGGGCCCUGUAUCAACAGAAAUAAAAAGCGUAACAAGAAAUAUUACAUAAAAAUAGUCAACAAAAUGAGAAGAAAAAAAAUGUAAUCCAUAAAAGUAAAAAUAAAUCAAAAUAUUUGGUGUAUCUAAUUAGUGCAAGAACAAGUAAACAGUUGUGUUGAAGUUAAGCUUUAUGAAUCACACACCUUUCAAGGGUCUAUAAUCUGACUAGUCAGUUGACAUGCAAUAGGCAUGUAUUAAUUAUAACUGCUGUUCCAAUUAGGAUUAAGGUGGAGCUGCAAGGAAGGCAGGGAUGACCACCCCCCCUAGUAAGUGGAGAACAAAAUUGAGGAAAAGAGGAAAAGAUAGUAUAAACAAGAUAGGUCUGACUUGUUUGCUACAUACCUGUCAUUCAUUUGAAACAACAACUAAAAUGACUGAUUAAAUGUAUUUGGAAGUAGUGAUAACUAAUGCAAUAUAUGGCAUUAUACCUUUUAUGUGGUGAGCACAUACUAACAUGUGCAUUUCACUGUGUAGCUGCUCUAAAGUGAUACCACUAAGGGGGGAACUGGUGAGCUACGUAGAAGUACGAUUUUGACCUAUCAAUCAGGUUUUGAGCUGAUAUUUUGACUUUUAUUUACUAUGCAAACAUAUUUUCUUCAUAAAACAUCAUUCAUGAUUUGUGACUUUUGUAUUAGUCAUGCAUUAUGCACUGCACUCAGUCAAGUUUACAAUUAGAUAAAUGGUAUAUGACAAGGCUACUUAUCUUAUUGUGGUAUGAAAUCAAUGCAUUGUCUGUAACCCUUGUGAGCAUGAAAUAUUUGUAUAUUUAUUUUUAUAUAACCAGUACUUCACAUAUCUUAUAACUUUUUUUCUAUUUUUUAGAAUUGAUAAACUGUAGGCCCAUAAUGAAAAAAAGAAAACAAAAUAUGUGAGCAUGUCCAUGAGCAGUUCCUCAAAUAUUGGCUAAGUGCCAAACUUAAAUGGUCUUGUAACAUUAGACAAUGACGGAACAAAAAGUUUUGUAUAAAGUUAGGCCAUCUUCCAAGGUAUGAAUUUUAAAGUAUGAUGUAUUAUCAUUUGUUGGUAUUAAAAAAAAGAUUUUGUAAAAACUUGGGGAAAAACAUAUUUAUGUGAAAAUAUCUGUGAUUUGUUGUCAUAAUAUGGAAUUUGGUCUAUUGAUCGUACUGAUUGUUAUGAUAAAUUUGAUAGAUUGUUGAAGAUUGUUUCAUUUAUUUCAAUUCUAGAAACAUGUGCAUGAAUUAGUGAACCUAGCAUUAAUUAGUAGGUAUAAGAAAAUAUUUGUUCAAUCUUGCCAAUUUCCUAGUCUCCACACUGUAUUGAGAUAAAUUAGAUAUGAUGGCACUGUUCUCAAUUUAAAACUUCAAGACAUAGAUCCCUACUCUACCAAUUGUGAAAUGAUUGAUAAUAUUUGUGUGCAUUGGCGCCCUCUAUUGAACAGAGUAUAGCAUGUCUUUGCAAGUGCCAGGUUCCCUGUAACAUUGUAAAGUUGGUUUUUUUUUAAGUCUUCUUCUUAUGUUGGUUUGAGUGGCAAUUAGUCAUAUUUGACUACUGUCGCCAUUGACUCUAUCUAUAAAAUCUCAUUUCUCACAUAAAGAUAUUAUUAUUACCAAUAUGAUGUAUACAUAUAUAUGAAAUAUUUUUCUUGUGCAUUCUUCUAAUAUGAAAAAGAUAAUUAUAGUAUUAUAUACAAAAGUUUGUCGUAACUCUUGUCAAAAUGGCAUAUAAAAGAUCUUCACCAAAGGAUUUUAAAAAUGAAAGUAAGUUUAAGGUAUCCACAAAAUUUUCAUUUCUGCGUUGACAUGUCAACCAUCAGUCAGCGAGACUCGUUCUGCAAUAAUAUGAAACAUAAUCUAUUUCGGGGAUUAUCACUACAUGCUUACCCUGUAUUGACAGUUAUACAUGUAUACUUACUGGUGCUAAACCAAUCAGAAACACGAUGAAAAUUUGAUUUAUAAAGAAAAAAAAUCACUCAAAUAUUUUUUAAUUCUGAUAUUAAGAGACAAUUUGCAUUGUACUUUUAGGCCAAGCAAUAUAGAGAGGGGCCUUUUUCAUAAUAAUUAUAAUAACUUGAGAAAAAAUAUUUUCCAAUGGAUUUACAUUCGUCAUUGACUUGAAUGAUUUAGACAAGUUAUCUCAAUAUUGCACUUUAAUUAUUUUGUUUAUAUUUUUGAUGAACUAUUGUCAUACAGCUAUUACAUGUUUUAUUCUGUAAUUCUCUUCAUCACUACAUGCAGUGCUGGCUGAAAUGAAACCUUAUGUUUCCAGUAUUACCAUGUUAGAAUGCCUAAAUUGUAAGUCAGCUCAUUAAUAUCUUUUAAAAGUUUUAUAAAAGCUUUAUAAGUGUAACUAUUAAUAUUACUAUUGUUAUUAACUUGCCAAUGUUUUACAUUCCACAAAACUCGAUGUACGUGUGACUUUGCAGACUCCCCCCCCCCCUCAUCUUUCCAUUCAUUUUCCACCCCUCUUUAUUUGAUAUAUAUUAUUGUUGUAAUUCUCCACCCAUCCUAUUUAUUUAAUGGAUAUUGCUGUUGUUGUUAUUAUUCAUUAUCUUAUUCUACCUCGUCUUUUUUUUGGUCUUCUCCUGAACUGGUAAAAUGCGUGACUAUUUCGAGCACUUUUGCCUCAUAAACGGAUCACCCCUUAUUGAUAUUUAUUUUUAAAUGGGUUAGACUUACCACAAAAAAUGUUACUCUGAAUAGAGUGGGAUAUUCAUGCCACGCAUGUGAUAUUUACUAUAUGAUUACAGUUGCAUUAUACACUCGAAAAUAAUGGGUGAAACGGCUCAAGGUAUAGGGAAAUGUAUGUCCAACCAAGUUUUUACAUUUCUAUCCACAACUUCUUUAAGUAUAAUCCCUUCUUCAAUUUCCCGUUUGUGUUCUUCAAAUAUUGUUUAGCUUCUGAUUGCUCAUUUGUAGUUUGACAACUCACGAUGAGAUUAUGUUUUACCUGAAACUUUUGGACAGGAUUUUAUCGGACAAAUAUUUGUAUAAAUUUCAUCUGUUUGAAUAUGUUAUUAUAAUGUAUGUCUGGUAGAUAAUGGGACUCAAUUUUGAAGAGUUUAUCUUUUGUAUUUCAGUUAUUAAAUGUUUUAUGCCAUUAUGGUGCAUAUCAUUAUUUUGAUAUAAACUUUGAUAUAUGUUACCUA